CUCUCCCUUUCACUCUCACUCUCACUCUCACACUCAUUCUCAUUCUCAUUCUCACUUCUACCCCCCACCUCUCUUGAUCUCACUCAUCUCUCUCUCUCUCGCUCUGUCUCACUGUACAACCCAGAUCUUCGAUCGAUCACCCUCUCAAUCGAUCAUCCAUGCUCCAAAUCUCACAAACCCACCCCAAUCGAUCAUCCAUGUCUCCAAAUCACAAACCCGCCUCCAAAUCUCACAAACCCUCUCAAUCAACCCUGAUCUUCCUCAUUCUUGUUUUUCAUUUCCUAUUGUUUGGGUUGUAGUAGUUAGAAAGAAAUCUGCUACUUGUGUUGAUGAUGAUGUUGCAUUCUCAUGAAGCCAGGAAGGAAAUCUGCAUUCUCAUGAAAUCUGCUUCUUGUGUUGAUGAAGGUACUGGGUUUGAAACAUUUUUGGUGUGUUAUUAAAAACAUUUUAAUAAAUGUACUGGGUUAAAUUUUAAUCAAUUUUAAUAAAUGUACUGUGUUUGAAAUCUAUUACUGGAAUUUAUUAAAAACAUUUUUGGUGUUUGAUUUUGGGGAAGGUACUAGGUUCCAGUCAAAGGAUCUUAAUUGCUGUGUUAAUUAAUUGAUUUUGGAUCUUACUUAUUCGUCCACUUCAGUAUGCAAAUUAAUUGAUUUUAAUUGAUUUUGGUGUUAAUUAAUUUUCUGUGUUAAUUGAUUUUAAUUAAUUUUCUAUGUGAAUUUGGACAUUGCUUCAAAUUGCUGUGUUAAUUAAUUUGGAAACAGUGUUUGGAAAGGAUGAUGAAAAAGGGAGGGAGGGAAGGAGGAGGUUGGUUGAAGCUGAUGACUUGGCAGCUUUGGCAGCUGCCAAAGCUUGUGCCAUAUUUGACACAAGUUUUGACAUUUGUCAAAGAUAGCAGCUGCUAUAAGUUGCCAUUGGAGCUGUCUUUGUAUCCACUGCUGCCAUAAUUUGGCAAUAGCAGCUCCAAUGGCACACCAUUGGAGACGCUCUAACAGUGGAUCUGGAAGCUAAAAACCCCACACAAACUCAAAGGUUUCUACUGGUUACUCUUUCAUGAGAGGCUCUUGACCAACUAACAUAGGAAAACUAGUGGCUUGACCAUGGAUGAUAGUUGUCCCAGAUGUAAUUCAGCUCAAGAAGAUCUAUGCCACCUCUUUAAAGAUUGCCCUAAAACCAAGGCUGUAUGGCUAGCUAUUAGAAGCCAUAGAUGGCUACAGAUCAAUGAACAUCAAUCUUGGAACCAAUGGCUCCAAGUCAACCUGAAAUGUAAUGAGAAAAAAAUUUACCAAAUCCCUUGGGGCAUUGUAUUUUUAUUCACUGCAUGGAGAAUCUGGAAAGAUAGAAACAACUUUGUCUUUAAGAAUGAAGACUGCAAUGUUUAUGAAGCCACAAGUUACAUUCAACAGCAAGCAACUGAAACCUAUGAAGCAUUCCAAUCUGAUCAUCUUACUGGCCAACUCCUACACCUCAAUUCUAAAUGAGUUUUGCCUUUUGCAGGUGCAAUCAAAUUUAACAGUGAUGGAUGCUGAAAGGGCAACCGUAGUCCAGCUGGGUAUGGAGGCCUUUUCAGGGAUGAGAGAGA